AUGGUCCACGUCGCCCGAAAAAUCGGCAUUGGCCUCACGGGCUUUGGCAUCUUCUUUUUGCUGCUGGGCAUCCUGAUGCUCUUUGACACGGGAUUACUGGCUAUGGGCAAUCGACACAAGGCGAAGGGCACCACCUGCUUCUUGGGCGGGAUUUUCGUCGUUCUGUGCGGCUGGCCCGUCAUUGGCAUCGACUUUUUCCCAAUCGUGAUCAACUUCUUGCGGCAAAUGCCCGUUGUUGGCCAGCUCUUGAACCUGCCUGGGAUUGCACAGGUUGUGGACAAAUUCACGGGAUCAAAGCUCCCCGUGUAA